AUGGGGUCCUCCAUCGUCGACAUCCAGCGUGACAUCAUUCUAAACACAAUUCGCAAUGUGGUCGGCAAUGACUGGAAAGUUCUCGUGGCCGAUGAGGCCAGCCGAAAGCUCAUCAAUAGUGCUGUGAAGGACGAGGAAAUUCUGAAUCUGAAUGUCUCGAAUAUUGAACAAAUCGAGAAUCGCCGACCACCCAAUCCGGACAUGAAUGCGCUCUAUAUUAUAUCACCGCAGUCGUGGAUUGUCGACUGCUUGAUGGCCGACUUUGAGGUCGGACGCUAUAAGAAGGCCUACUUGGUCUGGACGUCAUUCCUUGAUCCCCAGCAACGCCAGCGUCUUGAUCGAUCAGAAAUGGCGCGACGCUACAUAGCUGACUAUCGCAUCCUGAACAUCGAUUUUUACCCACGCGAAUCACAUUUGAUCACGUUUCGCGACCCUUGGAGCUUCCCGGUUCUCUACCACCCCGCCUGCAACGGUCUUGUUCGUAAACAUCUUGAAGACUUGGCUCAAAAGAUCGUUUCUGUGUGUGCGACUCUUGGCGAGUACCCUGUGAUCAGAUAUUACCGGCCUCGCGCCCCGACGCAUGAAGCUGCGACAAAUCGCCCACGGGGUGUGUUGCUCGUCGUUGAUCGGUCGAUGGACGUCUUCGCACCUCUUCUGCAUGAAUUCACAUACGGUGCAAUGGUUUUUGACCUCCUGCCUGUCAAUGACGGUGAGAAGCUUACCUACAAAACGCUACUAAAUCAGGGGAAGCCCAACGAAGAGGUGAAGGAAAUGGUGAUCGGGGAGCACGAUAAGGUGUGGGUGGACUAUCGUCACAUGCACAUGAAAGACGUGCUCGAAAAACUCGGCGAUGAUUUUGCGAAAUUUCGAGCCGCGAAUCCCCAAUUCGCAGAAGACAACGAAAAAAUCAGCGUGAACACUCUCCGAGACAUGCUGGUUGGUCUGAACGAGUUUACUGAGGGUAAAGAUGCAUAUACACUUCAUCUGAAUAUGGCUGAAGAGUGCAUGAAGUUCUUCCAGGAUCACAAGCUCAUUGAGGUCAGCUCGAUUGAACAGUCCUUUGCGACUGGCCUGGAUGAAAAUUUCAAAAAGGCGAAGAAUCUGGCCGCGCAACUCGUCCAGUUACUUGAUGAUGAGGCUGUCAUCCACUCGGAUCGACUGCGACUGAUUCUCCUAUACAUCAUGUACCGCGGUGGGCUACUUGGGGGCGACAUUCGCAAACUGAUGGCUCAUGCGCAACUGCCGGGGCAAAACGGCCAAGUAAUUGCUAACCUGGAUUUGCUGGGGAUUCGUGUGGAAAAGCCACUGAAAGACGAAAAGCCGCCCGUUCCGCCGCUGUUCAACCGCAAGCCUCCUCCUCCAAAUCCGGAGGAGCUCAGCCUUGCGCGCUAUGAGUUGAAUGUAAAACAAUUGCUCGAGGAACAGAUCAAGGGUACACUGGACCCUAAUGUCUUUCCUUUCACGCGACCCCACACAGAGAAUGAUGGGGGGACUGCGACUCAGGAGAUGCUGUCCCAGCAGGCUUCGUUACGAAGUGCCAAGCCUACAUGGGCACGCACUCGAGCUGUUGAUCAGCCACGCCAGCGCAUAAUCGUUUUCAUGGCUGGGGGCGCCACUCAUUCAGAGGCACGCGCGUGUUACGAGGUUUCGCAAGCUCAUAAUAGGGAUGUGUACCUGGUGAGCAGCCACAUGCUUACACCAGCGCUCUUUCUGCGCCAGCUUGGUGAUCUCAGCGUCGACAAGCGUCGACUGGAUCUUCCCGCUGAUCGACCCAAGCCAAUCGCACCAGCCCAUUUGUUCGAGAAAAGUGCGCCUCCCCCCGUUGCUCCCCAGCCUCAGAAGAAGGCUGUCCCACCACCUCAUCUAAACCCACCUGUGGCACCCGGGGACAUGAUGGCCAAUCUUUCUCUCAAUAACGGAGCGACCGCACCGCCGACAGGCGAUUCACACAAGAAAGACAAGGACAAGAAAGGAAAGGACAAGCAUGACAAAGACAAGAAAGAUAAGGAAAGGAAAUUUCGAUUCUUCAAGUAG